GUCAUUGUCAUCUCUUAGAUCACACUAAAUGCUGGACAAGUGUUAAAAUGAAUCAUCCGGGUAUAUAUGUGUGUGAGUAGAGCAUUACAGAUGCCAAAGCAGUCUUUCGUCAGACCUCCUGCUCACUUUCUGUUGAGAACAAAACUACAGCUGCCCCUUGUUUAGUGUCCAGGUCAUCAAUCCAGACUUGUUUGUUAGGGUGGAGCUACAGGCUUUUGCAGUUUCAACAUCCUUUCCCUUCAUUCUGAGCUUAUUUUCUAAGAUAUGGGGGAACAAAAUAAAAUAUUACCCCGUCCCAUUUUCCGCCGAGAUGUGAGCUGGGAACCUUUCCCAAACUGGACGCAGCCAAGCCGAAUCUUUGCGCAGGAUUUUGGCCUCCCUCCUUUCCUGGACCCUAGUGAUCUGGACUGGAUAGACUGGUCGAAGAGGAGACUGGCAGCUUUCUCGUGGCCUGGGUACGCACAAACUCCCCUUCUGCCUCCAUUCAGCGGUCAGCGCUCUGCGGCGUCGAACCAAAAGGGUCUGGGACAACUGACGAGUGGAGUGUCAGAGAUCCGAACAGGGACGGACAGCUGGAAGAUCAACCUGGACGUCAAUCACUUCUCGCCUGAGGAAAUUACGAUCACAACCAAGGAGGGUUAUUUGCAAAUAUCAGGAAAUCAUGAAGAAAGGCAGGAUGAGCAUGGAGCGGUUUCAAGGUGCUUCACCCGGAAAUACAAGCUGCCACAGGGGGUGGACGCACAGCACAUUAGUUCUUCACUGUCUGGUGAUGGAGUUCUGUCCGUAGAGGCCCCCGCCCCUGGGACAUCCAUCAUCAGCAACAACCCAACCAAUGAGAUCGUCAUACCGGUUCAGAUCAGACAGACGCAAGACGGUGAAAAGGGAAACCAGUAAGCAAGAAUUUGAAACUACAAUCAGAUGUAGUCCAAGUUGUGUGUAGCAACCUUUAUAGCACUGGCAUGAAAAAGACAAAGCUAGUCUGUUAUUUACUGUAAGAACAAGCUUGUUUUCCUGCUGUAAUGCAUUGUUACCAGUACAAUAUCAUAUCACAAUUACUUUAAAAUCAAAUGCAGACUCAUCAGUAUAACAGAAUGCUUAUAAAAGGAUUAUUAUGACCUUGUAUUCCUUAUAACAUGCCAUCAUUGUUUUAUGAGCUUGUAAUAUCUUCAUUAUAUGAAAAAAUACAUGUUAGCAGCUGUAGUUGUGACCUUACAUGACCUAUAGGGAUAGUGGAUUAUGGGUGACAAUACUGGCCAAGAAUGGACAGUGGAAAUGACUAUUUAUAUUCAAACAGCUUAUUUUUUAUGAAAAAAAGGUAUGUAUGUCAAAUUGUGCUUCUGUGUAACAUGCAGGCAAUAUAAUUAAUAAUUAAUUUGAUUUCGCUUUUGAGGAAGAGAAACACUGUAAAAGCUGUAGCAUAGAUUCAUUUUGUGUUUGUCCUGAAAGUUGUACAUCGAUGUAUUGAAUAACUUUAGCCUAAUAAAGCUAUCCUGAUAUAUAAUCUUCCACCAAUGUAUUACUGCUAUAUAAAUAAAAAAAUUUAUUAUUUUUUCUCA